AUGGCGAAUAAUAUUGUAACUAUUGGACUAGAUUUCCUGGAUAUUGAUGGAGACUCGAUUGGUGUUGAUAUCUCCUCUGGUAAAAGCGACUGGGUUGGCGUUAUCGCCAUCGCAAGUGUUGCCGUUGGAAUGUUUGAAAAACUACAUAGUAAUAGUAAUAGUAAUGACGGAGAAGUAAUUAUAUUG